UCUCUCCUCAGGCUGGAGACGCACCAGUCCCACUGCGAACGGAACUAAUUCACAUAAAACAAGUCGAGAAACAAAAAAAAAGAAAGAAAGAAACGAAGGGGGAUAUUUAGAACCAGAAGAAGUGGAAGGAAUACAACUUGUUGAUUAUCAUAUUUUAUCCACCCCAAAAAAAAUAAAAUAACUGGAAGUUUUGACAUCAUGAGGAUUUUCAGUGCUGUGCUCCUCCUGCUGAUUCAAGCCUUGGUGGUGUCCAGAAUGACCAGUGGUGCUGCGGUUGACAGGUAUGAGAGCGACAGGCAGCAACACACGGCUGUUAUCAACUUUUUGGACACAACCAGAGGCAAGAGGGUGGUGGAGGAGGAGAGCAGGAGCGUGGGUGCAACAACAGUGGAGUACGGUCAGGAAGGCGAGGAGGAGGAAUACAACGAUGAAUAUAAUUAUGAAGACGAGUAUGAAGAUGGCAUGUCUGGAGACUAUGAAGUGGAAAUGCCACAAGUUGCCAUGUCAAGCAAACCCAAAAACCCAUCUGCCAUCCUGGAGGCUGAAAGCACAGAUGGAAAGCGAAGUAGAGGAAAGGGGAAAAAGAAGGGGAAAGGCAAGGGACUGAAGAGGAAUCCUUGCCUGAGGAAGUAUAAGGAUUUCUGCAUCCACGGCACUUGCCACUACCUGAGGGACAUCCGCUCCCCAUCCUGUGUGUGCCACCCGAGUUAUUCUGGGGAAAGGUGUGAGUUCUUCACGCUGCCAGUGGAGAAGCGCCCGGAGGGCUACAACCGGACCACAGCUCUGGCGGUGGUGGCGGUGGUGCUGUCGUCCGUCUGCCUCGUCAUCAUAGGCCUUUUAUUAUUGCUGAGGUUUCACAAGCGGGGAGCAUAUGAGGUAGAGAAUGAAGAGAAGGUCAAACUAGGGCUAGCGUCCACCCACUGAAGAGACAAAGAGAGGCAAAGAUGUGGAAAUUCUACCUCAAAAUAGAAAAAGAGAAGUGAAGCGCGAGAGGAGGUCCUAGAAGGAAAAAGGGUCGUACAUGAAGACGGGAACAGAGGUUGUUGUCUGCCUGGACGUUCAGAUGUAAAAACAAAAUGGGCAGCUGAACAUAUUCCUGAAGGCCUCAGAAAGAUGACGGCCCCCCUGAAACUGGAAUACUAACGGCCCAGAGGAUGGAUUGGAGAUGUGGCGAGUGAAAGGUGAUGAGCACGAAGGAGCGAGAAGAAGAAGAAGGAGCAUUUGUCUAGACUCUGUGCUGCUUCUUGACUGUGUGACAAGAGGUCGCUUCAGACUGAACUGAACAAGAUUUUUAACAACAAGAGCUCAACCUGGAUUUUUUUUUCUCAACAGACAGCAUUUUUUUUGUAUUUUCCUGCACAAGUCCAUGUUUUUUUGUGUACAGUAAACAGUAUAUUUAUGAUUUUAAUUUAUUUAUUUAAGCUAACUGUAUUUAUAGAGAUUUUAACCGCCUCCAACAGUUUUUAAAAUAAUGAUGUUACAUUUGUUUUUAUAUUUCUUAUUGGACGAUAUGAUAUUUAUUUAUGAAACAGAAAAGGAAACAAUGCAGAAGCUCCUUGAGAUAUUAAGUAUUUCAUGAAACGAGACAUGAUGCAUAAAUAUCUGAUUUUUCUGGCUUUAACUUUGGCACUCAGUAGAUGAUCAAUGGCACUGUGAUAAAUAAAUUGAUCAUUGAAAAGACAA